ACACCAUCGUCAUCUCUCCUGCUUUGAGCUAUCACCGUCAUUGUUCACCACCAUAGCGCACGCCGUCAUAGAUUUGGGUCACACAUUGCAGUCAUGGCGUCCUUUCUAAGGCGCCCGUUCGCCGUUCCAACGGCUCUUCGUCAAGCCCCUAAGGCUGCGAACACCGCUCGCUUCAUCCACAACUCACCCAUCAAGCCCGUUCAGUCGAAGCCUCUGGGUCCCUGCUCGCCCUCAAUCUUCGCACAGUCCAGACGGACCUUUCAGAAUGCCUUCCGGCGCACCUACAUGCAGCCGUCUUACGGUACAGCUCAGCGUGGCGACCUCGCCCAGCGCCUGCUCUACGGUGCGGCCAUUGUGGGUGGCACUAUCAUGGCUACGAACUUCAUCUUCAACCGUGAAACAAGAGAGGAUGGCGGAAUGCCUCACUACGAGCGAAGCUAUCUGAAUGAAACUUUUAUGCACACCGGACUUGGUAUUGGUAUUAUUGGUAUCGCCGCUAGAGCUUUGCACAUGAAUGGAUGGUCUUAUCGUUUGAUGGCCACCAACCCUUGGCUGGUUGCUGGUGUUGGUCUGGUUGCCAGCAUGGGCACGAUGUUCGGUACCUACUACACUUCUCCUGAUAACUACGUAAUGAAGUAUGGUCUCUGGGCUGCCUUCAACGUCACUCAGGCUGCGCUCCUCUCCCCUCUAAUGUUCAUGCACCCUGCCCUGCUCGCUCGUGCCGGUCUUUACACUGUUGGCAUGAUGGGUUCGAUUGCGUUCGUCGGUGCCACCGCGAAGCAGGAGAAGUACCUCUACCUAGGUGGUCCUCUCCUCGCUGGUGUGACCAUCGUUGCCCUUUCCGGCUUGGCUCCCCUCGUUAUUCCCGCCACUGCUGCACGUGCUCUGAUGUGGUCCGAGAAGAUCUGGUUGUACGGUGGUCUUGCUGUCUUCGGUGGCUUCACCCUUUAUGACGUCCAGAAGAUCCUGCACCACGCUCGCAUGGCCGAACGAGGUCUUGUUCGCAAGGAUGUCGUCAACGAGAGCAUCAGUCUGGAGUUGGACUUCAUCAACAUCUUCGUCCGUAUGGUGCAGAUCUUGGCCAUGCAGCGCAACAACCGGAAGUAAGCGUGAUCUUGCUUUGAAGUGAAACACCGCACCUAGCCCGCACGGGUCCAGCCAAAUAGUGCGAGGGAGUGUGGUGUCUUUUGACUCGGCAUCUUCGAGAAAUUUCGUUUGUCUGAUAAUAGGGUUACUGUUGUUUAAGAACUUGUUUUAAGGUGUAUGGUUUUCGGGGAGUUUCUCUGCUUUUCGCACCGCUAACAGCCACGCAUGGCAUCUGGUCGGCAUACUAUAUCCUUUCUCUAGAUCGGGUGUAGAACGUUUUCACCACGAAGUUUACACAUUUUGGUAUAGCUAGAGAUAGAGGAAAGACAAUCUCCACUCAUAUCAAAUGACAAAAGAAAAAGAGGAAAGCAAUUUGCGAGCUACUCAUUCUGCGAAUUGUGGUAUGCUUCCGAGCACGAUUGGGCG